CUGAAGGGAGGUGGAGUUUCAGGGAGAAGUUUGUGUAAAACAAUCUGCGGCAGCUUUUCAUGUAGCCCCUCUCAACAAGUUGAAGCAGUGAAGCGGAUAAAGAAGCAGCUGCUUUCACCAAACAGCCUGUCAUGGAAAUCCCUGCCAUCAAUCUAAAGGCCAUAGUAAUGGUGCACUGGCUGCUUACAGUAUGGGGCUGCAUGGCGUGGCUGCCCACCUCCUUUGCUUGGGGGAACUUCAGUGUUUUAGCUGUCGGGGUCUGGGCCAUUGCACAGAGGGACUCGAUUGAUGCCGUGCUCAUGUUUCUGAUGGGGAUGUUUGUAACGAUAGUGACCGACAUCAUCCAUUUCGGGAUCUUCUACCCGAUGAAUGACUUUGCAGCAGAGAGCGGAAGGAAUGCGUUUCGCUUCAGCGCAGGAAUGGCCAUCCUCAGCCUGCUGCUCAAACCUGCGUCCUGCUUCUUCGUCUACCAAAUGUACCGUGAGCGUGGAGGAGAUUACAACGUUAACUUUGGUUUCCCCUCUGUAUCACGAAACAGAGAUGCCUACCAGUCCAUUGACCAGCAGGACCAGGAGUCUUCCAGCUCAGGGAAUCCCUUCAACCAGUCCCAGGAUGGCAAACCAGCAGUCCGCUCAUACUGAGAGAACCAGGCGCUGAACCAUGCAGUGUUUUCCUCUGACUUUUUAUGCAGCAGCGCAGUGCUCAGGGGCAAAUUUUUACAAUUGAUUCCACAUCAGUCCCUGUGCUGUGUGCUGUUGGACUGCUGCAGAUUGCAACCCUGACACCAAACUGAAUGCUUUUAGUACGGUAACUCAUUAGCUCUGUUUGGGCUUUAGAAUUAAAUGUGGCACAUUUAUCUUCAAAGGUUGUAAUGUUUUUGCUGAGCUGGCACAUCAUUGCUGAAUAAAUACAGAGGAAAACACUGCACCACUCCCAUGCUGUGUUACUGUUGUUACCGCCUACUGUUUUUAGUAGAGAGGUGUUGAAUGAAACUGUCUGCAUCAGUUUUGUCAGUUUACUUUUUUCCAAGUGAGUCACUUUUUACAAAUCUGGCACUUAGAGACAUUACGAGUGUUGUCUGUUUCUCUGUGUGAUCUGUAAAUUAUCACAUUCUCCGUGUGUGUGCAGUUUGUAUUUGUUAUUUUCAUAUUACUCUUUUUUUUCUUUUUGGUACAGCAAACGCUGUUAUUUUUUAACACAAGAACUGAAAUGAAUGUUCAAUGUCAUGCCUUUAGAAGCUACCUUGUGCCUUUGUACUUUUUCAACUGGUAAGAGCUGUGAAAUCCUUCGACUGAGUUGAAGACGCGAUAACCAAAUUGAAGUUAGAGGCCUUUCUUCUCAUAACUGAGCGAGAAAUGAGCAAAAACCUUCACAGUGCAGUGCGGCACACAGACUGGUACUGUUCACUCAUAGUGAUGUUGAUCUAUGCAAAGUCUGUAUUAAGACUACUGUCACAUGUAGCACUGUAACUGUUACUUUUUGUUAUGACUUAUGAGUUUCUCAUUUCAAAGCAUUUUAAAUGUAUUAUUCUUACAGUUGUUGUCAUAAAAGUUACAGGCCUCUAGACUGCCAGAAACACUCUUUUGUAAUGUAAAACUUGUUUCAAUAAAUUAUAGACCACA